AUGACACAGGCAAGUGAUCGAAGGAGUAUCGCCGACCGUAGUAGAGAUGUCAAACAGAGCAUGCUCGAUUUGUUGCGCAAGACAAGGGUCACCAAGACACCAUUUGCAGCCGAGGCUGUGGAAGAUAUCUUGGACAGGUUCAAACUGUGGACUGGUAGCCUUGGAGCCUUUCAUCAAGCACACAAGCGUAUGUCCUUGGAGUCGAGGCUGGCAGAUAGCUCUGAGAUCCGAGACCAUAUUUGCGAGCAAUUAGAUGAUAUGCAAGAAGCCAUUCAUGACCUGCUGCCACUGUGCUCUGACAGCGGUGCCGAUGUUGUAGAUGGGCAGGAAAGCCUGGAAGGUUUCGAUAUACCGCCAGAUGGCGUUUUAUCUGACGCGGAGUUCACAUCCCGAGAACAAGAUGCCAAUCUGAUUUUGAGUAUGGUGUCUCAAUGCCUCAAAGCUUUGUUUCGCAUUGGUAUACUGGUCAGAAAAGCGACACCUCGAGACCGUUUCGAGCGAGCACUCCAGCAGGCAGAGUUCUCAUUUCCGGUGCAAUUUGAUACUAAUUACGUCCAGGAAAGACAUCCUAAGCUGAGUUUCAGCGAUGCAAGAUGGUUGGCAUGUAGACUCGGGAGCGCAAAUGCGAAGCGUCGACAGUUCAUCAACUACGUUCGAGAUCAUAAGGCAAAGCUUGAGGUUGAGGACACCAACUCUACGGCGGAUGCUGUGACCGCAAUGCAGUCCAGCAAAGCCACAACCUUUGUUGUUCCCAAGACCAUAACCGCAUCUGAAUUUCUUCAGUCACCCCUCGGGGGAGACGACGACUCAAUUUCAUUGGUUUCGGCUUCGACAGCCUUCGAUAAAGACACGAACCUCAAACUGCCGAACCUAGCGGAUUUGGGCCCAGACGGAGAGUACUUUGAAUGCCCAAUAUGCUUCACUCUGCAAUCGUUUCACAAGGAAACAUCGUGGAAACAACAAGAGGAUGUUCGACAGUCAACAAGUAACCACCAAGCCGAUAUCCUCGUCUCCCUUACCCAAUUCAAGCGGCACGUGGCCACACAUCAGGAACAGCUUGCUAUUUUCGCUGUUCCAAAGGUAUUUGAUGAUAACGAAGAUACCAGCCAUGAAGCAGUCGAGAUGAGCUCAUUGGCUAGCACGUCAGAUGAUGGGCAUUCUCAAAGUCCUCAUGAAGAAACCGUUCCAAUCGAGUCCUCACCUUCCCACGAGCUGUCCUCAACCCGAGUCAAUGUCACCAACCUGCCUCGUGGUAUCAAUAUAGCUGAUAUUGAGGCUCACUUCAGAUCCACCGGCUCUGGUGGGAUCACAGAAAUCAAACUUAUGGAUGGCUUGGGCUUUAUUGACUUCAAAGAUCCCCUAGCUGCCCAAAGAUCUGUUGCAUCCUUCGACGGAUCUAACUUUAUGGGCGAGUGUAUAGGCGUCCGGUUGGCGCCAUCAUCACUCGGCCGCGACCCUGGCACCAUGGAUGUUGCCGAUGACCCGCAUUCCCAGAACUGGCAGACUGCCGCAACAAUCAACGAUAUCAAUUCAGCUAAUCCCCGUUCUAAGUCCAGUCGGAGGAUCAAUAGCAAGGGCCAAGUUGUGGCUGUCUUCAACCAUAAGCAAAAGAACCUCCAAGAGGAGCCCUCUCCGUCGUAUAUGUCAGCUGUAACGUAUGCUAAGCGAGCAUAA